GGCAUUUUCGCUGUUGGUUUCUUUCAUUCAAAACCCCACCGCCCUUUAGCCCACUCUCUCGCCCCUUUGCUUUCUCUCUCUGCGUUUCAGAUCGAUUUCUCAGAGGCUGCGAUCGGUUUCCAUUCUUCGGCUUCACUCCGAAACUCAUUUUGAGGUCAAAUGAAAGCUAUGGAGUCAGAGAAGUCACAUUCACAGUGGUUGGACAAUCACAUUAGUCCAAAAAAUUCUAAAUGGCUAGCCGAAAAUCUUGAGGAGGUGGAUCAGAGCGUCAAAGAAAUGCUUAAACUGAUUAAAGAAGAUGGAGAUUCUUUUGUUAAGAAGGCUGGGAUGUAUUAUGAAAAGAGGCCAGAGUUGAUUGCUCAUGUAGAGGGAUUCUACCGCAUGUAUAGGUUGCUGGCUGAGCGUUAUAAUCAUCUGACUGUAGAAUUAUACAAGAAUGUGCCACCAGUGCCCCAAACGCAGAAUCCUGCUAUUUCUCACCGUGGCUCUGACCAAGACACUCCCUUUGUGACUCCUGAUCAGAAAUUGAGCCUGAAAAAAUUUGGACAGCAAAGUGUUGGCUUUGACUUAUUUCUAAGUGUUACUGGUGGUAGUUCUGAUCUAUCUCAAAAGGAAGGUUCUGAAUCUUCAUCAUUUGUGUCAGAUUCUGAGUCAGAAUUGUCUGAUUCCUCCAUUUACAGGCAUUCAAGCCCGCAUAUGUCUGGUGAAUGCAAAGAGGUGAAGCAAAAGAUUUUUGAAAUGGAGAUUGAGCAUCCAAACGGGAAAGAGAUGAUACAAGAGGCCAAGAAGGAGAAUGCAGAUGAUGAGCUGGAGUUAGAGGAAAAUGGAGAUUAUGCAACUUUGCUUACAAGAGCCACCGAGUACAAGCAGGGGUUGAAGGAGUUGAAUAAGAAGCUUCAGCUUUCUGAAGAACAAGUCAAAAAGUUGACUGCUGAGCUCAAGAAGAACGAAGCAUUAACUGUGCUUAUUAGAGAUUUGCAGAUGCAACUUGAAUUAGCAAAGAAAAAUAUCAAGAUGCGAGAGGUUGACCAUGAAACGGAGAAAACAAAAGUGUCGGACCUACAAAAGGGAGUAGCCAAGUUAGAAGCUCAGGUUUCAGAUUCCAGUCACAAGAUUAGGUCAUUGGCAGAUGAGUUGGAAAAAGCGAGAGAAAAGCUCAAGGUUUCCGAAUAUGAAAUUGAAAAACUUUGCAAUGAAAAAUCUCAAGGCACAAAUGAAUUGCAAGGCCAGCUUGAAAUAGCUCAGAAACAUAUAGCGAUGUUGGAAGGCAAGCUCAGUUCAGAGAAAAUGCUGGUUCUGGAGCUGCAGGAUAGAGUUUUUAGUCAAAUGGCUGAUGUAACUGAUCGUGAACUGGAGAUCAAGGGCUUGAAUACUGCGCUAGCUGAUACCCAGAAAACCUUUCUGUUGGAGAAAGGAAGGCUCAAUUCUGAUAUUACUGCUCUGUCAGAACAACUGGCUCUUCUAGGGGCAAGACUCAAGGCAUCAGAAAUGCAAAGCAAAUCAUUGGAGGAUGACAUCAGGCGAUGCGAAGCUGAGAAGGAAGCAAUGAAAUGUUCACAUGAAACACAACAGAUUGGUUUUCAGAGCGAAAUUGAGCAACUGAUGGCCGAUGUUGGUUGGAGAAAUAAACAUGUGGAAGCUUUGAACAAAAAUCUUGACAUACUAAAACUGAAAUAUGAUACUCAAAUGGCAGAGAAAGACGGCCUCAACGCUAAGGUUCAUUCACUAGUUGCAGAGAUGGGUUCCAGAGACAACCAGAUCCAACAGCUGGAGCUGCGUCUGCAUCAGGUGAAUAAAGAGCGCACAGAGCUGAUUACUGGAUCCGAAUGCGCACAGAAUUUGGUCAGUGAACUAAAACUGAAAGUGGGAGAGCUGGAGAAAGAGGUGGACAGGCAGAGUGCUAUGAUCUUGGACAGAGCUGAGGAGAAAAGGGAGGCUAUCCGGCAGCUGUGUUUCUCUCUGGAGUAUUAUAGGAAUGGGUAUCAAGAACUCCUCAAGGCGUUCAUCGUGCAUAAGCCCCAUGCUGUGUUGGCUUCCUAAACAUCAGUGUGGAAGGUAAGCUUGAAAGUUGCUGCUUUAUGUUGCGUUUGUGUUGGCAGAUACCUUUGUAUACAUAUAUAUCCCUGUUGCAAGUCUUGAACCUUGUGCGUUUGUUUUUAGUGUUCAAAUUGAAAUGGGUUGUAGAUGGUGUUUCAUGUUUGUGCCAACAGUCUAAUCGAUCUGGAUGCUACUGAUGAGCACCAGAUUGUGCAUACUGAAGAAGCUCCCUCAGUUUUGUUGAAA